AUGAUGAUUUAUGAAAUCAUAAUAUUAGUGUCUAUAUUAAUUUUAAUAUUUGCUGGCUUCAGAUGGGCAUUGCCUUUAUGUUUUGCUUUUCAUUUUAAAAGAAAAUACCACACAACAGUUCGAAUUGGUCGAUUAUGUCUACCAUGUUCACUACGAGAUGUUGUUAUAUAUAAGAAUGGUUUCAGUGUGAACAUUGAAGAAGUCAGUGUUCGGAGUAGUCUAUUCAAUUCUGAUGUAACAAAAUUAGUUUCAAUUGAAAUUCGGGAUGUACGUAUUAAAAAAGAUAUUGGUGAAGCCAGACGACCACAUUCUUCAGGACCAAAAUCUAGUUUAAUUAAAAGAAUUUCCAGAUCCAACAGCUGGCACAAUGAAACAUCUAAUAGCAGAAAUCAUGAUGAAUUUCCAAGUCUUUCUCAAAAUAAAGUAUUGGAUUUUAGGGAAAUUGAAGUACCGAGAAUUAUUAACACAUUUGCACAGUUUAUGGCUGUCCAUGUUUAUAAUAUAUCUGUAGUUCUAUUGCGAUCUAAAACCCCAGGAUGGUUACUUCAUGCUACUGCACGUGAUAUUCAUCUUGAUGGCAGUAUUGUCAAUAGUGCCAAAUCACUUUUGGUUAAUGUUACACUUGGGGAAGCAGAGGCUAAAAUGCUACACCAUACCCCAAAAGGUUUAUUAGAUAGUGAGCCUUGUUUAGUUGAAUUAUCCUUUGCAAUUAGUUUGGAGGCAAUGUUGAUUGCACAAGGUCCUAUUUCUGUAGAGAAAUUAAAUAUAACAAUGAAGCACACAAAAUUUACUGUGCAUGAAGGAUUGUAUAGCUUUUUAACAGAAAGCAAAAAUGUAAAUAAAUACCAGAAUGAAAAUCAAUUUGAAUCAAUAGCAUUAAAUAAGGAAAGUGCUGAUGAUAUUUUGUUAAGAAUAACACCGAUAAUACCAAAGAAAUUUGAUCUUCAAAUUGAUGAUACAACUCUAACUGGAAUGAGAGAUAAUUCUAGGAAAGAGUUUAGUGCCCUAUUGCAAUGUUUGAAGUUAAAUACUUGGUUCACACCUAGUUUAAUACCAGAUUUUACUCCUCCUUCUGUAUCGUUAGCCCAAAUGUAUUGUGGAAUAGAAGAAUUUGAAAUUCAUUCUCUUCAGGAAAGGUUGGUUUUGUUGAGGAAAUUUUCUAUAGACGCAAAGUUGGAAGACAACAACAUGGUCAAUUUGUCAGUGAAACUUCAUACCUUACAUUUAUUCUACAAUCACAGAUAUAUACAUACAUGGAUUAGCACAAAUUUCCUUCAUAACAAAGCAUCGGAUUUGAUCAACGUUGCUUUAUCCAAAGAGUACUACAAUAAUUUACGAAGGGCUAAUAGUUAUAACAAAACCAGUGAACAUGCCAAUGAAAACGAACCUAGAUUUUGUAAAAUGGCUUCUAAUGUAGUAGUUGAUGAAAAGAAAAAUCGAUGGCUAGAAACUAUAUUCAGCAAAUUUAUUAUAAAUGGAAGUAUUGUAGAAUUGUGGAAUGUAUGUGCAAUGAUUAAAAUGUAUGAUCAGAGUAUGUCACUAGGAUUUUCACAUUCAAAAUUAAUUUUGGAUCAAUUACCAGAAACUCGGGAUAUCAAACUAUCAAAUAAAAUACUGCACAUGUUACUUGGAAAACGACACUGGUCAACAGAACUUUUACUGGAGUCAUUAUGGUUAAAAGUUUCUACUAAUUCAAAUGAUUUAUUGCAAAUGAAGAAAUAUCACAUAUGGGGCACUUCCGUUUAUUUGGGAAUGGCUUUAGUGAAACUUUGCAGUCAUGGAAAGUCUGGUUGUAAAAUGGAAGCAAUGUUAGAUACAAUCAGAACAGAAUGGAGCCCACAAUUAUCUUUAACACUCAUCCAAGCCUCCAGAUGUGUUCAAGAAUAUAGUAAAAAAUCUACAUCAACAACUAUGAAAGAAUUAAAAGCACCCAAAAGCUCUUUAUCUUUAACCCAAAACAUGAUGUUGAAUAUUUCUUUUACAAAUUUAAACACAUUCUUCAUAACAGAAAAUAAUUUAUGUUCAAUGAUGCGGUUAGAGUCGAUGAUGGUUGAUAACUGCUUUAAUAAAUGUACUUUGAAUAUACAUGGGUUGAAAUUCUGUACAGUAAUGGAAAUCCGUAAACAUUUUCUGUGCCCUAGAGCUGAUGAAAUAGAUGAUUUUUUUGGUUAUAUCAAAACAGCCCGUAUAGACCUAAAGCGUACUUCCAAAUUAUCUGAAUUGACUAUACAAUUAUUAGAAGAAGUGCAUAUGAACUGGAGUGCAAACUUACAUUUACAUUUCAUAGAGUUGCACAAAGAUAUCAAACAAUUUCAAACUGGUAUUAAAACUAGACGAUCGCAAAUAGACGAAGGAGAAAUCUUAGAAAAUACUGAAAAUGAACAAAAACAACCGAGCAAACCUAAAACCAAAUGGUCUAUUAAUGUUAACUUAAAGGGUGAUAUUAGCUUGGAAAUUUUUAUUUCUGAACAACAUCUUAUGAAUAUUUGUGCAGAUGAAAUUAAUAUUACAACGUCCGAGGAUUUAUCUAUAUCUGUUAGUUGUAUUGUGAUAUACAUUGAUGGAGCUGAUAUUUUUACCAUACAAGGUUUCCAAAUGGCUCGAUUGGCGACCAAUGAAAAAGUUGUUCAGGAACGGAAUGUUAAUGAAGAUUUUGUGCUAGCAAAAAAUAAAAUUUGGGGCGUCACUAUACAAUGUUUAAGAGCAGUUUUUCCUUACGAGCAUCAGUAUGCAGAUGCGAUCCACAAUGAAUUUAUUUCUUUAUUUAAAUGGUUAAAAAUAAUUCAUGGACGGCAAAAGAAACCUUUUACAAUAGACUCACCGCUUCCUAGCGAUUUAGUAAUUACGGUCAAAGAAUUUUUAUUUGAAAUGAGUGAUGAUCCAUUCGAAGUUAAAUUGAGGGAUAAUUAUGAACUUUUAGAAGACGAAUAUAAAGAAAGUUUGAAAAGGCAAAAAAUGUUAGAUGCUAAAGUUGCUGAAUUGUGUAAAACGCAUCCUCUGCUGGCAGCUGGAAAAGUUGAAGAAUUAUAUACAAAUUUAUGUAAAAAGAAUGCAGAAAUUUAUGUGCAAAGAUCGCGACUUUGUAGCUCUGGACCGACGCGAACAAGACUUUUUGCUUGGUGUUUAAAUGAGCUUGAGAUUAUAGCUUUGGCUGAUCCUUCAAUACACGGCACCGAAAAUUGUACAAAAGUGAUGAGAAGCAUCGAUCCUGAUAGUCCAUGGCCUGAAGAAGGUAUUGUAUUUACAACGCUCUGGUGCAGAUCUGUAGUAGUCAGUUGCGUGGAAUGGAAAUUUUUAUUACGAGAUUAUCCACAGCCAAUGUUGGACAUCAGGAACCUCACUUUAUUUGGACUUUUAGUUGGUGCAGAACAAGAAGCGCCAAGAAGAGCUAAACGAGAUGUGGUUAUUGAUUUGGGUGAACCAUGGGGUCAACAAACGAUUGAGCGAGGUAUGACGACGUUAAAGUUCUAUCAUGAUUUCAAUUGUGAAGUCGAUCGGUGGAGUUACGCUUUUGGACCUUGUUGGGAACCUGUUAUGGCCCAAUGUAAUCUCAGUUUCGAAAAAAUAUCAUCACCAUCCAGGGAUCCGUCGCCAACUUUACCGUUUUGGGAUAAAAUGAGAUUAUUAUUCCAUGGCAGACUAACAAUGUGGGUCAAACAAUUAACUGUGCUCCUGCAUGCGUCCUUAGACCCUUACAAUACAACUGAAGAAAUGGAAUUAUCUUGGUCGGAUGUAGCAAUGGAUUGGACAAAUGCCAAAAUUGUGUUCAAAGGAAAUUUCAAUGUAUACGUAAGAACAGCAUCAAAGUAUGACGACUGUCAAUUAUUAAAAAUACCACAUUUAAAAUUAACUAUCAAAUUACAAUGGAUUUGUUUAGCAAAUCCUAAUGAUCAUCAUUCGGUGAUACCUUGCGCCCCGGAUAAAGUACCGGAAUAUUCCAUCAACCAGGAACAUGAUUCAUUCAGGGCUUUUCGUUCACAAAAUGUGAAUAUUAAUAUAUCAUUUGAAACCAAAGACGUUAUGCCGAAAACCGAAGGAGAUUAUCCGAUUCUAGUUCUUUUCGGAAGCACAUUGCGAUGGUUUGAAAGCCUUAAGCUUAUAUUAUCUGGAGUAACACGACCGACCAGGCGAGGAACAGUCUUCAAAAACGUACGACCUCGAAGAGCGCAACUGAGCAGACAUUAUAAGACUGCUCAUCUAAUUUUUAGUUUACACAAAUUUCAGGUUUGUUAUUGGAUGUCAUUUGCAAAACAGCGCGGAUUUCAAUUAGAUGGUCAGAAGAUAUCUUCAAGUUCUGAACAUAAUUUAUCUUUGCACCCAAUAAACGAUGGUUUACGCCACCGUCCAAGAGCUGAAUGGUCAAUAAUGUACAUGACUUCGCAGCUGGACAAAACAGAUAUUUGGUUGAAAAGUGCUCUGCAGGAGGAUAUUAAUGAUAUUAGAGAAUCUAUGGACAAUCUACCAGUAGAAAAAUGUUUUUGUUUGAGCGUGGAUUCAGUGUCCUAUGGGAGAGCACCAGUAAGAGGUUGGCAUGAAGGCAAUCAGGCCAAUCGUGAUAUAAAUACUCCUACACAUCAGUUAGUUGUUCGAGAUUUGAAAGGAGCUUGGACAAAAAGCAAUAGAGACGUUGCUUUUGCGUUAUUUGAUACGUUUAUGAAAAAUAAGCAAUUGAAAAAAAAUCUUUCGACUGAAGCUUUGAAAGGUUUUAGAAAUGAUAAUAAUUCAACUACACCAUUAAAAUCUAGAAGACCCAAUGAUGUUGCAUCUACUCCUGUACCGCCAACACCAGCAUUACAGGUAACACAAAGUGCCUCAACUGCAACCCCAUCCCCGCUAAGUAAAGUUCAAUCUGGACAUGCAGCUGCCAUGUUACAACAAUUAAUAGCAGAAGCUGAAAAUAAAGCAUUAGUUUUUAGUGAUGAUUUAUCAGCGCAAAUCAGCAAGGAUCAGCAACUGCAAGGUCUUCAGGCAUGUCAGAAUGAUGAUGUUGUUCACAAUAAUUGGCUUAUUGCUUUGGUAAAUUCUCAAGUUUUGCUCAAAGGCUGUGAAACUCAAGGCUACAUAAUACUGAGCGCUGCCAAAGCGGAAAUACUGCAACGGGUUCAUCAACCAGUUUGGAGGGAUAGAAGUUUGGUUCCCAAAACUACUUGGGUUGGUUCUCUUGAAUGCAUGCAGUACUAUGCUACAGUCAGCGCAGGAGAAAGUGAUUCCCUUUAUGAAAAAAUAAUGUGGUUGGAGAAGGAGAAUAUUGAAGAAAAAGAACCGAAAGAUUCGAGGGAAAUACCAGAUGUUCCAGAUUUGGUCGGAAGUGGUCAGUCAGUUGGAGGCGUGGUUAGUCAAACUGUUGGAGCAACUGGCGGCGGUUUAGGCGAAACUAUACAGCUUCAAAGAAUAGUAUCACGGUGCCGUUGCGAGUUCUUUUACGUCGGUUAUGGUGAUACCAGCAUUGACCCUGCUAGUUUGCAGCAAGUACCGCCAGUUCCCCAAGAAGAAGGUGGUCCUUGGGAGAAAAAAGAACAAGCUGUUGAUGCAUUUACGCUCAUGCAUCAUGAUCUAGAUGUUUGCACUAAUUCACUGCAGUACGCUAUGAUUUUGGACGUUGUGAAUAAUUUGCUUUUAUAUGUGGAACCUCAACGAAAACAGGCCUUAGAAAGAUUGGCCAGGAUGAGAUUCCAAUUGCAACUUCAUCGAGUAGAGGAUCAAAGACGUCCUAUUCAACACUUACAGAAUCAAGUCCGUAGUUUAGUAUCAAAACUGAGACGAUUAGAAAAAGAUACGUACUUGGUACAUAGGGCGCUGCAAGAAGUUCCUAACGACGAAGAACUCAUUGAAGAAAUUAAAAAUUUGGAAAUGCAGGUUUAUGAAUGUAAGGAGCAAUUAACUGCGCAAAGCGAGGAACUUGAUAUGAUGUUGUCUUGUUACAAAGAAUCCCAAAUUUCUGCCACUAAUAAAAUGGCAACAAUGAAAACAGAUAAACCUGUUACUACAGUUCGAGCUAAUGAAAUUUGUUUUAAACACGCGCAAUGGCGCUUAACGGACGCCGAUGGACAACUUGGUAUUGCUGAUCUCGUACUGAGUAACUUUCUUUAUACGAAGAAUUCUAAAAGCAAUGACUCCGUAGAACAUCUCCUAGAAUUGGGAUAUGUUCGAAUGACGAAUUUGCUACCAAAUGAAAUUUAUAGAGAAGUCUUGUGUCCUACUGAAAUUCAAAGUCAUAUGCCAGUUGAUAGAAAAAGAGUUCUAAGAGUCUUCUGUCGGGAACGGCCACCAGUUGGAGGCAUUUCAGUGAAAGAACAUUUUGAGAUAAACGUUGUUCCCAUAACAAUAGGCUUAACAAAGAAAUUUUACAAUACUAUGCUGAAAUUCUGUUUUCCUGAACGUGAUCCUGAUCAAAUAGAUGGCGAAGCAUCUGAAGAAAUGUAUGAAACACAAAGUUUGGGAGGUGGUGGGUUCUCCGGACGUUCCAGUUCUGCUUCCACAUCAAGUGCGCCAUUAUCGAAGAAAAAUCGAUCUAAAAAGGGCGGUAAAGAUACUAAUUUCUAUAUAAAAAUUGAUCAAAAGGAUGACGUCGAAAAAAUGAAGGAAAGAGCUGAGAAGAAUAAGUUAUUUAUAUAUAUUAAAAUACCAGAAGUGCCAGUACGUGUGAGCUACAAGGGAAACAAAGAGAAGAAUAUUGAAGACAUUAAAAAUUUCUCCCUAGUUAUUCCUACUAUCGAAUAUCAUAAUGUAACAUGGACAUGGUUAGAUUUGUUGCUUGCAAUGAAAUCAGAUAGUCGAAGAGUUAUACUAUCACAAGCUAUAAAACAAAAGCUUCAAAUUCAUCGGAGUAAAAUAACUGAUGAAGGAGCAUCUCCACAAGAGGAAGAUAAAGCUAAGAUGUUAUUUGGUUCAAGACGUGUGUUAUCUGCAGAUAUAAAGCAUUCUAAGAAAGGAGUUUUCAAGUCAUCUAAAUAACGGUAGUAUUC